ACCUGGUGUAUCAUGGGGGACAGAGCUUGCUGCAGAAACUUAGUCUUUGGCAUUAUUUUGCUAACAUUGCCUGCCUCAGUUGCUGGGUUAGGUUUUGUAGAAAUCCUGUCUGUCACGCCUACUGCUGUCUCCCCUACUGCUGUCUCCCUGUCAGAGCUCAAAGAACUGCGUCCAUGGCAGGUUGCUUUGAAGUCUGGGGGAAACCUUAGGGUUCUUGAUUCCUGUCAUCUUCACAUGAAUACAGUCCCUGCGGCAGACGACCAGGAUGUCAUUAUUAAGAAUAUGGAGAAGUGCAAACUGGACUUUACACAUUGGAAGGAACCUCUUUAUUUGGCAUUUUCAUCAGAAACUGAUCCUGUAGCAUACAACAUGACACUGCCACGUCUCCUGGGGUCCUCCACUCAUAUGGUGUGCUCUUCUAAACACUCUCCCUCUGUCCAGGUGUGUCUACGUGUCCACCUGGCAGUGCUGUGUGGAACAUAUUACUAUGGGGACAACUGUGAUGUUUACUGUCGCAUACAAGAAGGAGAAGAACGUUACACCUGCGACCCAAGGACGGGGUUGAAGAAGUGUGCAAAUGGCUACAGAGGAUACGGCUGCAUGAUCAAAGUAUUUCUAGACCAGCAUGAUGCUAGAACUUUCCUGCAUGCACAUGCGCGUUCUAAGCGUGCGAACACGGGCUGGCUGGGUACGGAGGAGGUGCUGGCAGGGAACCUGGAGCGCGAGUGCGUAGAGGAAGUGUGUUCUUGGGAGGAAGCAAAUGAAGUCUUUGAGAAUGGAGAGAGAACCAGAGAGUACUGGGUAAGGAGAAAUGAUCCUAACCAGUGUGAUUCCAACCCGUGUGUCUCAGAGGGGACCAGCAGAUGUGAAGAUUUAUUCCAAAACUAUAGAUGUCACUGCAGGCAAGGAUACACUGGAAGCAAUUGUCACAUCAAUAUAGAUGACUGUGGGACAAAUUGUCAAAAUGGAGCUAUAUGCACUGACCUGGUCAAUGACUAUCACUGCACCUGUGCCCCAGGAUUCCGAGGCACUAACUGUGAAAUUAACAUUAACGAGUGCCAGAGCAACCCUUGUCAAAAUGGCGCCACGUGUCAGGACGGAGCAAACCGUUGGAGCUGCCAGUGUGCUCCAGGAUGGACAGGUGUAUCCUGCCAGUUGGACAUCAAUGAAUGUAUGUCAGCACCUUGUCUGAAUGGUGGGACGUGUAACAACCUGCAGAACAUGUUUACCUGUGAUUGUGUCCAGGGAUUUGCAGGGAAUGGAUGUGAAAUUAAUGUGGAUGAUUGUUACCUUGAUCAGUGCCUGAAUGGUGGUACUUGCAUUGAUUUAGUGGAUGACUUCAGCUGUAUCUGUCCCCCAGGAUUCUCUGGUAUGACAUGUGAAGUCAAUGUUAACGAGUGUGAGAGUUCUCCCUGCCUGAACCAAGCUACCUGUAUUGAUGCUGACAAUGGCUUCCUGUGUGAAUGUUUACCAGGCUUUAACGGGACCCUCUGUGACCAUAACAUAGAUGACUGUGCUGUGAACCCCUGCAUCAAUGCUGUACAGUGUAUAGAUGGCACUAAUGACUUCCUGUGCAUCUGCUCACCAGGAUGGGCUGGAAAGACGUGUCACAUUAAUGUUGAUGAAUGUGUCAGCCUCCCCUGUCAUAAUGGCGGAACAUGCCAUGAUCUGGUCAAUGAAUACAGAUGUUCUUGUCUUCCUGGCUACUCUGGCUCUGAGUGUGAAGAGAAUAUUAAUGAGUGUUCCAGCAGUCCUUGUCAGAACAAUGGCACCUGUCUGGAUAGAGUGAACAGCUACACCUGUAUCUGCCCUCCAGGAUUCAGUGGUACUGUUUGUGAACACGACAUAGAUGAGUGUGCAUCCCAGCCAUGCAUGUACGAUGGCACAUGCACAGAUCUGACAGACAACUACAUGUGCAUGUGCACACCAGGCUACAUGGGCAGAAACUGCGAACAUGAUAUCAAUGAAUGCCUUAGUGGGCCGUGUCAUAACAAUGGUAGCUGUGUUGACAUGGUGGAUGGCUACUCCUGUCUCUGUCAGUCAGGGUAUACUGAUGUCCACUGCACUACUAAUAUUGAUGAGUGUCACAGUAACCCUUGUUUAAAUGAUGCUUCCUGCGUUGAUGGUGUGGCUGGUUACAGUUGCCUGUGCAGACCUGGAUUCUCAGGAAUCCUUUGUGAACAAAAUAUAGACGAAUGUCAA